CACCCCACCCGUUGCCUCGCCCCCGGCCUCUCUGUGCUCCAUCAGGCACCCCCCUCUUGACUCCCCCCCCCAUCUUCUCGAGUCCGCGAUGCCUGGCACCAGCGUGAGGCUGCUCGGUCGGCUCCUGCUGGGGCUCGCCGGUGCGGCCGCCUUCCUGGCCGUCUCGGCCACCGCCCGGUCCAUGCCACGGCCAUCGGCAUCGGAGCUGACGUCCAUUGUUCCCUCGCGGAAUCCCCUGGCGCGGGCUUUUGCCCAGAACGAGCCUGCCCUCAUGCCGCCGCCUCCCUCCGGGCCACCGACCAUCGAGGAUCUCAUCUGCCCGGGGCUGCAUGCCCAUGAACUGGCCCUCACCGGGUACAGUGGUCGCGUCCGGACCACCAGCGCCUCAUACUCGUGCAAUUUCACCAUCAGCCGCGAGGACCUGCACGACCUGCACAUGGAGUUCGAGACCUUCGGCCUGGACCCGGCCGGUGAAGCGACCUUCGUGGUCUUCAGCGGCCUGGUGGCCAGCACCGACCCUGCGGACAUUAUCUACGAGUUCAACCCCAAGUCCGGCUUGACCGCGCCCAUGGGUCGCCUCGAUCUGCGUACCUCCGCCAUCUAUGUGGAAUACCACUCGCCCCAGAAGUCCCUGAAUGACACGGGCUUCUCCCUGCGUUUCACCGCCCUGCCGACAUACUGUGACACCACGCGCCCCUGUCGCGAGGGGUACUUCUGCGACACCUCCGGCGGCACCACGCCCAUCGGACUGGCGGCUCUGGCCGAGGCCGGUGUCUCGGUGAAUCCCACCCUGCCUGGCGAUGAUCCGGGUGUCUGCCGGCUGAUCAGCGAGGAUGACUUCCUGUUCGACUGCUUCACCCCCGCUGGCGGCGCGCCACCGGAGCAGGGCCAUUCCGGCUCUGGCCAUGGGGAGGUCGAUGUCCUGAGAGGUGCCUCGCCCCCGGUGCUCACCGAGGGCAGGACAUCGGCCUCGGCCGGGCGGAUCUUCACCUCGCGCACCCUUCCCCCCAACAGCUUCUGCUCGCUCACUAUUGAGCCGCCCUUCUACCAUGGGGCCGUGGAGGUCAUUGUCCGGACGACCGAGCUCCAGCAAAGCGACAUUAUCCUCUUCUCCAAUCACCUGGGUCGCCAGAUCAACUAUGCUGUCAUGUCGGCCAACACGGAGACCUUCUACGUGAAUGCCAAGGCCCUGACCAUCAACUUCCAUGGCCGGUCCAACCGCACCGUGUCCGAGUUGGAAAUCAGCUACCGUUUCAUGGAGCCCGUUGCCUGUGACUCGAUUUACGCCUGCUUCGCUGGCGUGGUGUCCGAUUGGUAUUGCAGCGACGCCGGGACAUGCCAGUGCUCGGCCGGUGCCACCGGCUGCCGGAGCUCCUUCUUCAUCCUGGAGCCUACUCCCCUGACCCUGGUGGACUUCCUCAUCUUCAUCAUCCCCCUGUCGGUCAUCCUGCUGAUGAUCAUGGCUCUGGUCAUUUGGAUUUGCCUGCGCAAGCGCAAGACCGACUCCGAGGAUGCUGCCAGCCUGAUGGACGGCGGCCCGAACGGCCAGGCCACCCACGUGGACGCCAUUCACCCGCUGGUCACGGCCGAGUACAUUGCCUCCAUCGCCACCACGGCCAAUCGCUUUAGCAGUCCGCUCUUCGGCGAGGAGGAAACCUUCCAUGGGAAGUUCGGUGGAUCUUCCUACUCCGGGGCCGACCAGGAUCUGCGCUUCGACGACAAUGACGACUAUUUCGAUGAGGACGAGGGGACGUACCUGGGCCCGACGGCGGUGGCGGCCGCGGCCGCAGCCACCGCGGCCACCACAACCGGCGGUGGCGGCGCUGGCUCCCGGCCGGCCGGGGCUUCCGGCGGGCUGGCCGGUGGGGUCCCCGGUGGGGGGGCCUCACGCAGCCGGCGGGGCACCCUGCGCACUCCGGCCCUGCCGGAGGAUGUCCCUGCCGAGCUGCCCCUCUCGCAGCAGGAGUACGACAUCAUGCGGCCACUGGUGCAUCACUUCCAGCCAUACGACUGGCUGGAGUUGGCCGAGGAAACCGACCCGGUUGGUCGGUCCCAACUCCUGGAGGGCAUCGCCAAGCGCAUCGAACAACAGGCCCUGGCCAACAGCCAAAACAUCUCGCGGCAGGCGGCUGCCGCGGCCGCGGCCGGCGUCGGUCCACACCCCUCGGCCGGCACCGCGGCCGAGCCCCUUCUCCCUGGAACGGCCGACCCCUACCAGCCCUUCUAAGGAGCCGGGGCCCCGAUGAAGGGGGGGCAAGGGCGAGGGUGGCCGGCAGCCCCACAUGCCCGCGGCCGCCCAUCCUCCGCACUCUUCCCCUCUUUGUUCCCUCCCUCUCUUUCUCCCCCCCCCCCCCCCC